AUGGCGCGGGGAUGGGGGCACGGGCGCUACCGUCCGUUCUCAAGUCCAGUGCGGAGCUUUCGGGGAGAACCCCGAGGGGGCGGAACCCUCCGCAACGCCUUGAGGGUGCAGGUUGACAUCCGGCUGGCAGGACAGGGAGAAGCUAAUGAGAUGGAGCGGCUUCUUGGAGGCAGGCCUACUGGCCCACUGCCUAACGCGCCGAGCGGGGCCUACGGGAGCCGCCUCCCGGGCUGCCGACGAGCCUCGUCACGCGGGAGCUGUGGAUGUGCUGUGGACAGCGGUGGGAUGGCAGCGGGCUGUGACAUAGAGCAGCGGGGGGCGGCCGACCGGUCCCUCCCAGCGCAGAGCAGUCAGCACCCCGCCGGAGUAGCCCCUUCUCGGUCGUCUGUAGUAGAGGCCUGCAGGUCCACCGAGGGUGUUGACUUUAAAAUCAAAACCGUAGAGCUAAGAGGAAAGAAAAUUAGAUUACAGAUCUGGGACACAGCAGGUCAGGAGAGAUUCAACAGCAUUACCUCAGCCUAUUACAGAAGUGCCAAGGGGAUCAUACUGGUGUAUGACAUCACGAAGAAGGAGACAUUUGAUGACUUGCCAAAGUGGAUGAAGAUGAUUGACAAGUACGCUUCGGAAGACGCAGAACUUCUCUUGGUGGGAAAUAAGUUGGACUGUGAAACGGACAGAGAAAUCAGCAGACAGCAGGGAGAAAAGUUUGCACAGCAGAUAACUGGGAUGCGGUUCUGUGAAGCAAGUGCCAAGGAUAACUUCAAUGUGGAUGAAAUAUUUCUGAAACUUGUUGAUGACAUCCUGAAAAAGAUGCCUCUGGACGUGCUAAGGAACGAGCUGUCCAACAGCAUCCUCUCGCUGCAGCCGGAGCCUGAGAUCCCCCCGGAGCUGCCCCCGCCCCGACCUCACGUCCGGUGCUGUUGACGUGCUACGUUGGAGACACGGCGGAGGCGGUUCCUGGACAGGGAAGUGUUCCGUUCUGCACUACAAUCGUUUCGACAAUUUCCUUCCGCACUUUGUAAUCCAAGUCAGAGCUAUACACUAACUUGUAAAUAUGCAAAUAUGCAAUCCUGGGUGAGUUUCGGUUAUGAAUUACAUGCUUCCCUCCAAAUUGUUAUAUUUCAUUCAUGAUCCCAGUGCCUCAUCUGUGUACACUGGGAGACGUAGUACUUCUAAUAUGAAGAGCAGGAGAAAUGAGAGCUAUAAUGUGUCUUGAAGUAAAUAAUAUAAUUGUCCUUGUUAAUUCUCUUAUGAGGACAGAAGAUAGUCUGAAAAGAAAGAAUGUGGUGCUUUGCUUACCGUUUUAAAGAAAAUUCGUAAAACUAAAGACUUUUUGGGGGAAAAAGCUACCCUGAAAGCUUUUCCUUUAUUUACAUUUCUCCCAGCUGUAGCGCCUUUGAGGUAUUGGAGUGUCUCCCACAAAGCAAAGCUCCAUCCGUAGCCGUCUCGAAGGUUAUUUGUUCACCUCACAUACCAGUAGAACUGACUAGUUGAGGGGCAGGACUUGACUUGAUCCUAAGCCGAAGAAUCUCUCCGGUUUCCUAAUGGAUGAGUCCUGUGCUUCUAAGAACUACAAAGAUUCAAAAAAGAAAUGUUUUUGAAACAAUAGAAGAUUUGAAAUGAACGCUGCUGUCCUAAACCAAUCCUGUUUAAAGGAAUUUUAAAGAGAUACAUUUUACUAUAUCAGAGAACACACAUGUAUUUGCCUAAACCUUCUCUAUACCUUUGUAAUGAUGAAACUUCCCCCUUGAUGGUGAAGCUUACUCCUAUAUAAGCCUGGACUGUGUUCUUUUUUUCUUUUUUCCUGGUCUGAUAAUGGAUUUGUGAACUCUAUCUUUGGCAGAUCUUCCUUUAUUAAACUGCACUGUUUAGUCAAGGUGAAUAAGUCAUUAUGUAUUUGAAUAACUUGGCGUGUCUUGAGUGUCGUGGUAUGAAAAGCAUUGUGUUUCUACACUAAUGAAGUGCAAAUAAAAUUUUGUAUUUAUGAAUGACA